AAAAGUAACGCAGUCCUCUUACUGGCAAGAAAACGAUCGCUAGAGUAAAGCUCAAGGAUCGAAAUGUCGCACUCCAACAACGGGCCUCCAAUCAUCACAAAACUCCGAACACAACAUAUCAAAAUUAUAAUAAAAAAACAAUUGUACUAAGAAUCAAAACUACUUCGCUUGCUGCUGCCUCGGCUUCAUCUUCCACCUCCUUGCUGUUGGAAUGCCACACACCACCAAAUUUGUCCCCGAAUGAUUGCUUUCUGAUCCUUUUGAGAUUGAUUAGCUUUCAAGUGAAGGAAGAGAAAGGAGAGAGCUUUUAUACCUUCUUCCAGUUUUAAUUUCCCAAUAUAUUGAUGAAAUAAUCACUGGUAAGAUGUUGGGAGAAACUUACAGUGGAGCCUUAACUAAUUGAGGUGAUUCCAGUUACCGGCUAGCAAUCCAUGGCUUUUUGUGACAUGAAGGUGAAGGGGUUUCUGCUACUGCUGCUGUGCCUCUCAGGUUUUCAGGUCAGCCAUGGCGCCACAGAUCCUCAGGAUGCUGCUGCUCUCUUAUCUCUGAUGAGUCUGUGGACGAAUACACCACCAAGCUGGAGCAAGUCUGAUGAUCCUUGCGGCACAAACUGGGAUGGAGUGGUUUGCAAUGACUUAAGGGUCACUGUGCUGAAACUGUCUACUAUGGGCAUCAAAGGAACUGUGAGUGGUGACAUAGGUCAGUUGACAGAGCUCCGAUCUCUAGACUUGUCCUUCAACAAAGAGCUUGGCGGUCCACUGAGUCCUAAUUUUGGGAAUCUGAAGCAGCUCACAACAUUGAUCCUGGCUGGCUGUGGCUUCACUGGUGAAAUCCCAAGCGAAUUAGGCAACCUGAAGCAGCUCUCCUUUCUAGCUCUGAACUCAAAUAAGUUUAGUGGUAAGAUUCCGGCUUCACUAGGUGGCCUCUCCAAUUUGUACUGGCUGGAUGUUGCAGAUAAUCAGCUAAGUGGACCUCUACCUAUCUCAACAGACAAGGCUCCUGGACUGGAUCAGCUUCUCCACACUAAGCACUUCCACUUCAACAAGAAUAAGUUAUCAGGCAAUAUUCCAGACAAACUCUUUAGCUCCAGAAUGUCACUGAUACACUUAUUGUUUGAUGGAAAUCAAUUUACAGGAAAGAUUCCAGUUUCUCUAGGACUGGUUCAAACGCUUGAGGUUAUACGACUUGAUAAGAAUUAUCUAGAUGGACCAGUGCCUGAAAACAUUAACAAUCUUACACUGAUCACUGAAUUUAACUUGGCAAACAACAAACUAGGUGGCCCUUUGCCGGAUUUGAGUGGAAUGUCAGCUCUUAAUUACGUAGACAUGAGUAACAACUCCUUUGAUCCUUCAGAAACUCCAGCUUGGUUCUCAGAAUUAUCAUCCCUUACGGCUCUAGUCAUUGAAUCUGGAGGAAUUCAUGGAGAGGUGCCAGAAAAGCUAUUCAGUUUUCCACAAUUAGAGCAAGUUAUACUUGACAACAAUCAAUUUAAUGGCACUCUCACCAUGGGCGAUCCCAUAAGUGACCAAUUGCAAAUUGUGAAUUUCAGAGACAAUCUUCUCAGCUCAUUCACAGUGACCUCUAAAUAUAACAAAAGCCUAAUACUCAUUGAUAAUCCUGUAUGUGAUACUCAGUUAUCAAACACAGUAUAUUGCCGUCCACAGCAAGAGGAAGAUUCACUACCCUAUUCUACAAGUACUACCCAUUGUGGGAAGAUAUCAUGUGAAAUAGGACAGAGUCUAAGCCCUCAGAGCUGUACUUGUGCCUACCCUUAUCAGGGUUUGAUGGUUUUUCGAGCACCUCGAUUUCGAGAUCUCACGAAUACUACAUUGUUCCAAUCACUUGAGAGUAGUCUUUGGAUGAAACUUGGUCUAACACCUGGUUCAGUAUUCCUUCAGAACCCCAUGUUCAAUAGUGAUAGUUAUAUAGAGUUACAAGUUAUGCUGUUUCCAUCGGAUGGAAUGUACUUCAAUAGAUCAGAGGUUCUAAGAAUUGGAUUUGAUCUGAGCAAUCAAACAUAUAAGCCUCCACCCAUGUUUGGCCCCUACUACUUCAUUGCGAGCCCAUACCCAUUUCAAGAUCAGGGUAGAAAGUCUUCAAUGAGUACAGGUUUGAUCAUUGCCAUAGGAGUUGGUUGUGCACUUUUGUUUGUGGGACUUGUAGGAGCAGGGAUCUAUGCAGUUUUACAAAAGAAACGAGCAAGGAAGGCCAUCGAAAUAAGCAGACCAUUUUCAUCUUGGGCAAACAGUAAUAAAGAUAGUGAAGGUGCACCUAAACUAAAAGGAGCGAGAUGGUUUUCUUAUGAUGAGCUCAAAAAAAGCACCGAUGGUUUUUCACAAGUCAAUGAAGUUGGCUCUGGAGGCUAUGGAAAGGUAUACAGAGGAAUGCUUUCAACCGGACAGUUGGUCGCAAUAAAAAGAGCGCAACACGGAUCCAUGCAAGGAGGUCUUGAGUUUAAAACCGAGGUAGAAUUGUUAUCCAGGGUCCAUCACAAAAACCUAGUAGGACUAGUUGGUUUCUGCUUUGAGCAAGGAGAGCAGAUGCUUGUAUAUGAGUUCAUUCCUAAUGGAACACUAAGGGACAGCUUGACCGGAAAGAGUUGCAUAGAACUGAACUGGAAGAGGAGGCUUCGGAUUGCACUAAGUUCAGCUAGAGGUCUCUCAUACCUCCAUGAACUCGCUGAUCCGCCCAUAAUCCAUAGAGACGUCAAGUCAUCCAACAUCCUUUUGGAUGAUAAUUUAACAGCAAAGGUGUCAGAUUUUGGCCUUUCAAGGUUAGUGUCAGAUAGUGGGAAGGGGCAUGUUUCUACUCAAGUAAAGGGAACAUUGGGUUAUCUGGAUCCUGAGUAUUACAUGUCCCAACAGCUUACAGAGAAGAGCGAUGUUUAUAGCUUUGGGGUGGUGAUGCUGGAGCUGAUAACUGCAAGACAACCAAUUGAGAAAGGCUCGUAUAUAGUUCGUGAGGUGAAGAUGUCCAUGAAAAAAAAUGAAGAUGAAUUCUAUGGUCUGAAGAAAAUACUUGAUCCGCUGAUCCUCAGUACAAUAAAUCUAAUAGGUUUGGGAAGAUAUUUAGAGUUAGCAAUGAGAUGUGUUGAAGAAUCAGCUCCAGGUCGGCCUACAAUGGGUGAAGUGGUAAAGGAAAUCGAGUCAAUUUUACAAGAUGAGGGACUCAACACCAACUCAACAUCAGCAUCUUCAUCUGCCACAGAUUUUGGAAACACAAAGGGUGCUUUUCGUCAUCUAUAUAACGACUCAUUUCCUAGAAAAGCGGGAAAGGGUGGUGCUUUUGAUUACAGUGGUGGGUUUACAUUGUCAGCAAAACCCGAACCAAAGUAGUAGAAACAUUUAUUAGGCACUGUUUUACCACUUCAUGAACAUAUUUAUUUGUUAUUUACUGAUAAUGUCCUUAUAGAUCAAUGCAGAAACUAAAAUUAAAUA